GUCUGCCCAGGGCUGGGAGGGCUCCAGGGUGUCUUCUGGCCUUGGAGACUUGUGGUUUCCUGGUAAUUGCACAUAGGGCCUGUGCUUCAGGCUGAGUCAUUCUAGAAUGCAAACAGCUCCUGUCUGCAGUCCCUUCCUCUCCUGUUGUUCCUCCUCUCUCAUUGUGUGGUCCUUGCCCUUCCUACUUCUCUGCCUCCAAGUCAUCCCAGUCUAUAUGGCUAUAACCCUAUCCAGUAACCCGCACAUCCCCAUCCCUCUCCCGGGCCUCAGAAUCUCACCCUCUGCCCAUCUGCCCCGCAGGAUGCUACAGCUGAGCCUGUCCUGGCUGGGACUGGGGCCCAUGGCUGCCUCCCUGUGGCAUCUCUUGUUGCUGGGUGGGGCCUCCUGGAUUCUGGCCCGAAUUCUGGCCUGGAGCUAUGUCUUUUAUGACAACUGCUGCCGCCUUCGUUGCUUCCCUCAGCCCCCUAAACCGAACUGGUUUUGGGGUCAUUUGGCCAUGAUGAAGAGCAACGAGGAAGGCAUGCAGUUUGCAGCACAUUUGGGCCACUACUUCCGUGAUAUCCACCUCUGUUGGGUUGGACCUGUCUACCCUGUCCUGCGGCUCAUCCACCCGGAUACCAUUGCUCUCCUGCUCCAGGCCCCAGCUGCUGUUGCACCCAAGGAAAUGACUCUCUAUGGCCUCCUGAAGCCCUGGCUAGGGGACGGGCUCCUGCUGAGUUCAGGUGGCAAGUGGAGCCACCACCGCCGCAUGCUGACACCCGCCUUUCACUUCGACAUCCUGAAGCCCUAUGUGAAGAUUUUUAACAAGAGCGUGAACAUCAUGCAUGCCAAGUGGCAGCGCCUGACCGCCAAGGGCAUCGCUCGUCUGGACAUGUUUGAACACAUCAGCCUCAUGACCUUGGACAGUCUGCAGAAGUGCAUCUUCAGCUUUGACAGCAACUGUCAGGAGUCUCCCAGUAAAUACAUUGCUGCCAUUUUGGAGCUCAGCUCCCUCAUAAUGAAACGGCACCGCCAGCUCUUCCUGCAUAUGGACUUCCUGUACUACCUCACUCCUGAUGGGCGGCGCUUCCGCAAGGCCUGCGACCUGGUGCAUGACUUCACAGAUGCUGUCAUCAGGGAGAGACGCCGCACCCUCAAUAGCCAGGGUGUUGAUGAAUUCGUGAAGGCCAAGGCUAAGUCUAAGACUUUAGACUUCAUCGAUGUGCUCUUGAUGGCCAAGGACGAACAUGGAAAGGAGCUGUCAGAUGAGGACGUCCGGGCAGAGGCUGACACCUUCAUGUUUGGAGGCCAUGACACCACAGCCAGUGGGCUCUCCUGGAUCCUGUACAACCUGGCGAGGCACCCAGAAUACCAGGAGCGCUGCCGGCAGGAGGUGCGGGAGCUGCUGAGGGACCGAGAGCCUCAGGAGAUUGAAUGGGACGACCUGGCCCAGCUGCCCUUCCUCACCAUGUGCAUCAAGGAGAGUCUGCGGCUGCAUCCCCCGGUCACAAUGAUCUUACGCUGCUGCACCCAGGACAUUGUGCUGCCAGAUGGCCGGGUCAUCCCCAAAGGGAAUGUCUGCGCCAUCAGCAUCUUCGGGGUUCACCACAAUCCUUCAGUCUGGCCAGACCCUGAGGUCUAUGACCCCUUCAGAUUUGACCCAGAAACUCCACAGAAGAGGUCACCUCUGGCUUUUAUUCCUUUCUCAGCGGGGCCCAGGAACUGCAUAGGACAGACUUUCGCCAUGAACGAGAUGAAGGUGGCGCUGGCGCUGACACUGCUGCGUUUCCGCGUCCUGCUGGAUGACAAGGAGCCCCGCAGGCAGCCGGAGCUGAUCCUGCGUGCAGAGGGUGGGCUGUGGCUGCGGGUGGAGCCCCUGAGCUCGGGUGCACAGUGACCACCAAGCCUGGCUUGGGACCACCCCACCCACCUGCCUACCUCUUUGAAUUUCUGAACAAGUAGAGUUGUCUCCUGUGCCUGAGCGGGAGCGAGCAUAAACCCAGAAUCUGUGCCUCCAGGCUGAUGAGUGUUCUCCUAGAGUUCAAGCCUAGACUACCAUCCCGUGAGCGCCACCGGUGGUGUUUUGAGCAGGAGACGGAAGCAGGCUUUCCAGCAGAACUUAUUCUCUAUGGUCAUUAAGGCAAACUCUUAAAUUCACUAGGUUUCCACCUUUAUUCUCUUUUCGUCAAACUUAGAGCCACCCCCUGCUUCUGUCCUCCCGGUGCUGCACUUAAAGGAGUGGACCACUA